CAUGUCCUAGCAGACAAACUCGGUCGCAUCUGUCUAGACAUUCUCAAAGACAAGUGGAGCCCCGCGUUGCAGAUCCGGACAGUACUACUCUCGAUACAAGCCCUACUCAGCGCGCCGAACCCGGACGACCCGCUUGCGACCGAUGUUGCGAAGCACUACAAGGAGAACGAGGCCGAUGCCCAGCGUGUCUCGCGCGAGUGGACCGAGAAGUACGCUCACGCCUAA